AGAUGGGAGGCACCUGGCUUAUCUUGAGAGGGGUUUCUAAGGAUGUGGCAAAGUACAAGAUCAUUAUUGUCCAUGGUUUUGGAAGCUCCAAAGAGAUGAACUUUCUCGCACCCCAAGUGAGAGAGUUAAGCAUAGAAUUCGCUCGAGUUGGCGGAGUGGAGAUUCCGAACAACAAGAGAAUUGAGUUCUCGCUACAGUACAUCCAUGGAAUCGGAAGGAGCAGAGAUCGCAAGAUUCUCUGCGAUAUAAGCAUGGACAACAAGGUUACUAAGGAUCUCAGCGAAGAGGAUCUCAUCACUCUGGCUAUGUUUGAUUGGGGUUGGGUGCUUAUUAGAGAAGCUAAUAAGGCUAAUAAUUUGAAUUUCCUCAUAUAG